AUAGAAAGUCACAAGACUUCAUUGUUGGGUGUGGAGUGCAUUGAAGGUCACUUUGCCUUUGUUCCUUUAGCCAUCAUGGAUCUGACAACGCUAUUUCACAAUCUUCGCGAAGAAGUGUCUUGUUCGGUGUGCUCGGACUUAUUUACGGAUCCUAAACAUCUCUCCUGCCUUCACAGUUUCUGCUUAAAGUGCCUGAACCGAUGGCACGAAACGUGCGGCGGUGGUGAGGCCAUUAAAUGCCCGAAGUGUCAAACCCUAAGCAGAAUACCUGCAAGCGGUGAUCUUAAAGAUCUUCCAACCAGCUUUUAUUUGAACGGCUUAAUCGAUGUUCUUGCUAUUAAAGAAUGCAAGAAGACUCAAGUGACAUGCGGAAACUGCCAGAACAAGUGCUCGGAAGCUUCGUAUUGUUUCCAGUGUAGCAUAUUUUAUUGCGAGCAUUGCUUAAUAUGUCAUAAUACCAUGCGAGACAAAAAGGAACACCGCGUAUUGGCGUUAAAAGAGUUCCAAAACAAGGACUACGAGGAUGUAUUGAAGCGACCAGUGUUUUGUUCAAAGGAACGACACCAGAAAGAAGAACUCAAAUACUACUGCAAAGAAUGCGAGACGGCUCUUUGCCAAACUUGUGUCACUUUGAAUCACGGAGGUCAUGAUUUGAGAUUAAUCGAAGAAGAAGCCGAAAACAAAACACUCGAAAUAAAAUCUAUCCUUCAAUCCCAGAGAGAAGGGUUAGAUGCAAAACUAAACGUAAUUGUUCAACUAGACGAAGACUGUGCUAAAGUAAUUCAACAAAGUGAAAUCGCUAGGAGAGAUGUCCAAAGGUUUGCUGAUGGCUUGAUCAAAACAAUUCAAGCAAAAAUGAAAAAUAUUAUUACCGCUGUGGAAAACCAAACGAAGAAGUCACUCGAAAUUUUAAAAGCAAAAAGAAGCGCGAUUCAGCAACAGAUAAAUGCCACUGAAUCAUCAUUGAUUGAGGCUGAUAAACUUUUAAAACGAAGUACCACCGCGGAAGUUGUUCAACUUAAAAAAUCAUUACAGACAAUCUUUCAUGGAUUGAAUCAAACCGAGCCUAUUGUUCAUGACCCUAGUAGUCUAAAAACGUUUGGUUUCGUGAAAAAUCAGAAGAUGCUUGAUGUCGUCAACGAGGAAGACAUUGGAUUCUUGAAAGAACCUUCUCAAACAAAAGCAAGUGAAUCAGUGGCUGAAGGUGAUGGACUGAGAGAGGGAACUGUAGCACGUAAAGCUCACAUCAAUUUGAUCACAAAAAGCGCAGAGAGAAAGCAGUGGUAUGAUGAAGGGGACCGUGUCACGGUAGAGAUCAAGGACGAACAAGAACAAGAAUGCGUGACACAAGUGAAAAUAGAUGAUAACAAAAAUGGAAUCUACAAAAUCACUUAUUUUCCCAUAGUUCUGGGGACAUUCAAAUUAUUUGUUAAGGUAAACGGGGAACAUAUUUCUUGUAGUCCUUUUACUGUGAUUUCAAAACCAUUUCAAGUCAAACCCGUUUUAUCUUUUGGAAAAGAAGGCUUGGGUGAUGGAAUGUUUACGUUUCCUUAUGGGGUGGCAGUGAGUGAUGGGGACGAAAUAUUAGUAGCUGACUGUGCGAACCAUCGGGUUCAAGUGUUUGACAGUAAUGGUACUUUUUUAAGAUCCUUUGGUCACGAAGGUGAAAAUGCUGGAGAGUUCAAAUGCCCUGUUGGAAUAGCCAUUGGUAAGGACAGGAAUAUUUUUGUAGCAGACAGUGAUAACCACAGAGUACAGAUCUUUAGUUGGCAGGGGAGGCACCUGGGUUCAUUUGGCGGCAAAGGAAGCCUUGAUAGUCAGCUCUCUGACCCUUGGGGUUUAUCCUUAGAUAGUAACGGUAAUGUUAUUGUUGCUGAUAGAGGUAACAAACUGAUUAAGAUCUUUACCCCGGAUGGUAGGUUUGUAAUGAAGAUAGGUGAGCAGGGUUCUUUUCGUUUUCCUACGCACUGUGUUCAGUGUGGUGAAUAUUUCAUAGUGUCAGACUCAAAAAUACACUGUAUCAAAACAUUUAACAGGGAGGGGCAUUUUCAGUACCAGUUUGGUAAGAAGGGGGAGGGGGACGGGGAUUUUAAUUGUCCACGUUUUCUGUCAGUGACUCAGUCAAAGCACCUGUUAGUUUGUGAUAUGGAUAAUCAUAGAAUACAAGUCUUUGAACUAGAUGGGAAGUUUGUCGGAAAAUUUGAAACAGAUGGCACCAAAUUAGGAGAAUUCAAGGAACCAUUCUCAGUAGCUGUUCUAAGUAAUGAUCAAAUUGUUGUGUGCGACAAAAAUAAUCAUCGAAUUCAGAUAUUUCAAUAA